UUAUUUACUCGAUCUCAAAGAAAAUAUUAAGAAGCCGGUGAAAGUAUAAUUAUUGCGUUAUUAAAAUAGUUCCGUCGUAUCGUGUCGGAUGAUAAACCAACAGUGUUUUUAUCUAAGUGUUAAGCACUCGUAGAUGUUUUACAAGGGAGAAAUACUUGAAAUAAUCGUUUUAAUAACAAAAGCUAAAAUAAAUCCAAAUGCCAGUUGCACAAUUCUGUUUCGCUUUAUCUCCCUUGUGUUUACAUACAAAUAGAAUCUCAUCUUUCUGAACGGGGUCCUUUCAUAUUCGAUGGAUAAUUAGUGGAAAAUUAAAUAUUUACUAAAAUGUACAUCCCAACGACUACCAAUAUUGACUAACCGAGUUCAACCACAUCUUAAGAUCGUCCUUGGUCAAUGUAAAAUCAUUACCCAGUUUCUUUGUAUUGGCUACUUUGAAAGAUUGGAGACAAGCACCACCUGAAGCAAACAGCACAAGAAAGAUUAAACUGACAAUUCACCUCCAGUAUUAAACAUGUUAACGAUCGAGAAACGAUUCUCCUGUGAAACCUGCGGCAAAAUGUUCUUGCUGAGUAAAACUUUGCAGAAACACAAGAAGAUCCAUGUUCUGGAUACAAAGUCCAAAGUCCCACCGACAAACCACGAAUACCAUCCGUGUCACAGAUGCGAUUUAUGUGGGAAGGAACUGGCUCAGAAGAAUUAUCUCAAAAUCCAUCGAAGAACACACACUGGGGAAAAACCAUACAAUUGUGAGAUAUGUGCAAAGAAAUUUGCUCGUCGAGACGCUCUCCGCAUUCACGAGAGAACACACAAAAGGGAAAAGCCUUUCUACUGUGAAAUCUGUUCAAAGCAUUUCGCACAAAAAAACUAUUUAAAAAUUCAUAAACGUAUACACACGGGCGAGAAACCCUUUCACUGUGAUGUAUGUAUACAACAGUUUGCACGUAGUGACACCCUCCUGCGACACAAAAGAACUCAUAAAACAAAUGAAAAACAAGAACCAAAAGAGAAAGAAAAACAUAGUGAUUAACAAUGUCUGUGAUGUUACAUAUACUAAACUUCACACACACACACACACACACACACGCAUACCCAUCUAAUUUGGUCGACUGAUACUAGUACUGUUAACCGCUUACAGUUUCCUUGUGUGAUUCAUUCAAGUAAUUUGUCAGGACAUUAUGCUGGAACAAAAGUUCAUUCCAGUGUGACCAACCUGAUAAAGUACAUCAAUUUUUUGCAUAAGAAAACUGCAAAUCACUGACAGCACUGAUUUUAGUUAGUCAAAUAAAAUAAAUAUUCUACUAUAGGGCAUUGAAUAUUCUUUCUUUAAUUUCUUAUUACUAUUAUCAUACAUAUAUAUAUAUA